CCCCGUGCGCGGCGUUAGGACCCGUCCUGCGCGGCUCCAGCCCGGAUUCCGAGGCUGGCUCCCGGGCGUGACGUCAGGCGCGGGCCCGCCUGGCUCCCGGCCUGCCCCGGCCCCUCCGCGCUCCCGAAAAUGCUGCUCUCGGUCCCGCCGCGCUCCGGCCUGCCCGCCUUCGCCUACAACAAGAGCGGCAAGAAGCAGUCCUAUGUGCCACCGGCGCAGCCCUUGGGCCCCCCCAGCCCUGCGGGGGGCGCUGCAGACCAGCUCAGCAAGACCAACCUCUACAUUCGGGGGCUGCACCCCGGGACCACGGACCAGGACCUUGUCAAGCUCUGCCAGCCCUAUGGGAAGAUUGUCUCCACCAAAGCCAUCCUGGACAAGACGACCAACAAGUGCAAAGGCUAUGGCUUCGUGGACUUCGACAGCCCCACGGCAGCCCAGAAGGCUGUGACAGCUCUCAAGGCCAGCGGGGUGCAGGCACAGAUGGCCAAGCAACAGGAGCAGGACCCAACCAACCUCUACAUCUCCAACCUGCCCCUGGGGGUGGACGAGCAGGAGCUGGAGGCCCUGCUGAAGCCCUUCGGGCAGGUGGUCUCCACCCGCAUCCUGCGGGACCCCCACGGGGCCAGCCGAGGGGUGGGCUUUGCACGGAUGGAGUCGACCGAGAAGUGCGAGGCGGUGAUCAGCCACUUCAACGGCAAAUACAUCAAGACCCCCCCAGGGGUGCCAGCCCCCCCGGACCCCCUGCUCUGUAAGUUCGCCGACGGGGGCCAGAAGAAGCGGCAGAGCCAGGGCAAGUUUGUGCCCAACGGCAGGGCCUGGACCCGGGACGGCGAUGCGGGCACCGUGACCUUGGCCUACGACCCUGCGACAGCGCUGCAGAACGGGUGGCUCCACCCUUACCCCCCUCCCCCCAACAGGUUCUACCCAGCACCCUACGGCCUGGCCCCCAGCCGGAUGCUGGCCCCCACGGCCCUGGCCCCCUAUCUGCCUUCCCCAGUCUCCUCCUACCAGGUCCACGGCCCUGCCUGGAUGCACCAAUCCUACCUCGUGCAGCCCACGGGGGCGGUGCUGGCCCCUGCUGUGGACCACGCUGUGCCCCUCCAGCCGUCCGUGGUGGCCCCCCUGGCCCAGCAGCUCGGCCACCUCUCCCUCGGCAGUGCCGGCACGUACGUGCCCACCGCCGCGGCGGUCCCCGGAGCCUUCCUCCCUCCCUACCCCCCGGUGCCGCCCACGCUGCCGCUGGAGGACGCUUCUGCCGCCCCGAGCCAUGGCCCCAUCGAGUCGCCGUCGGAGCCUGGAGCCUUCCCCUACCCCUACCCCAAGUAGCGGCCGGGGGGGGGCCCGGC